AUGGACGACCAAAAAGUUCCCAGAAUCAUCGAGCGUGCUCUACCAAACGGAGUAAUCUAUGACAUGUCCACAGCUGGACAAGUACGUAUCACACUUCCAACAACAUCAACCUGGUCAAGUGGACUGCACUGGCACGAAACCCAUGACGAGUAUUUGAAAGUUGUCCAAGGUACCAUAAGGGUUCGUUUAGGCGAUUCUACGCAGGUCAUUAGAGCUGCUGAGGGGAACCAGCCAGAGAUCAAGGUCGCGCGCUAUGUUUGGCAUGAAUGGCAACGAGCGGGCCCCGAUGGUGAAGAGGUUGUUGUUGUGGAGAGGACGGAGCCGGAUGACAACGACAAGUCUAUCUUCUUCUGGAACCUUAACGGGGUCAUUCUCAACGCGCCCAAGAUACUGAGUGAUGACUCUUCUUUCGCCUCGCGAUUGCCGGCAGGACUGCAAGGGCCAUUUCUUGAUUUCUGGAUCCCGUUGAACCUCUUUGUUAUCUUUUGA